UUAACUACAAGAUCAUCAAACCAUGAUUCCACGUUCUACAUAGUACUGUUUUUCGUAGGGGUAGUAUCUAGUUACCAUACUACGAUAGGUAAGUAAAAACGGUCUUGCUUCGUACCAAACUUAGCGGCCGGACCAUCACAGGGGUAAGAGAAAAAAAAAGAGAAAAUAGUACAUCCAAUUGUGUCUCUUAGAUAGGGUUGCCUUCCCCUUCUAGAAAGCCUCUAUAACUCUUAGCGUAAACCGGGUUCAUCUAGUGCAGGCCACGCGGUCGCCACCAAUGUACAACGUUCCUACUUUGUCCACCGAGGCUGACCUUGGAAAAAAAAAUAUUAAAAUUCUUCUGUCCGUCCCAUCUGGAGAAAAUGUAGAUCGAUCAUUUGAUGAUGCCCUUGAUGCUAAUCCUGCCCCCCGGCCCGCAUCUCACUAAUAAUAUAACCUUUCUUCCCAAUCUUUUCCUUUCCCCUUUCCCUUCUUUCUUUGACUUACUCGUGCGUUAGGUUCUUCGGGAACGUAACGUGGUCAACCCCCUCCCCACACUUGUCGGUCUGGGACGAGGAUUGGAUUUCCCCGAGUCGAGUUAAACUUACCAGGGAGGAAGUGGAGGAAAAGAGAAGAGAUAAAAAAAAUUUUUACUGAGAACAAAAAAGAGGUUUCUACAGCUGCUAAACUUCGAAUCCGAUGAGUUCUCCCGAGGCCAAAGGCCAUGCCGGCCACAACUCGGCGGUCCAAGAAGGCCUUAACCCUAACUCUGAUCCUACUCUCAACUUUUUGAACGAGGAUCGCCACGAUCAUUCACAGGUCGUGACAGUUUCCGCCGACGACACGGAAAAGGGUUUAGAGAAGCCUCGGAGCUACGCUGCCGGCGAGAAGCCGGUCACCGAUGAGGACAGCGCGAAUAUAGGCCAAAUAGCUGGCGAGGAGAAUCUAGGGCAAAAGAGCUUCAUCCGUUAUUGGUACGGACGGCUUCGCGCCUACGUCCACCUCUUUAUCUGGCUCGUCUUCACGGCAUGGUGGAUCUACGGACUCGUUCGUUUCCGGAACGAGAAGAACUGGCUGAUCCCGUUCUUGCUGUACCUGGCGAUCACGCUUCGCAUCAUAUUCCUCUGGAUCCCGGUUAAGUAUGUCAUGAGACCAGUCAAACUCGUCUGGCGUCAUACCGCCUUCAGAUGCUACGAGAUGAUCCCGAAGAAGCUCCAUCGUCCACUUGCAGCUCUCGUCACCGUUGCAGUUUUCUUGGUCGGUUCCAUGGUACCGGAAGAGACUGGUGACAACACGCGCGCUCGUCGCGCGCAGUCCCUGUUCGGCCUCGUUGUGAUGAUCGCCGUCUUGACUGUCACUUCGAAGGACUGGAGGAAGAUUCCUUGGCACACCGUCAUCGGUGGAAUGCUCACUCAAUUCGUUGUCGCCGUCUUUGUCUUGCGGACCCAAGCUGGUUACGACAUCUUCAACUUCAUUUCCACCCUAGCCCGAACCCUGCUGGGUUUCGCCGAUAACGGUGUCGAAUUCCUCACGAAUGAAUCAGUGCCUAAAUUGAAGUGGUUCUUGACUGGCGUCGUACCGCCGAUCAUCUUCUUCGUCGCUCUCGUAUCUCUCCUGUAUCACGUCGGCCUUAUCCAGUGGUUUAUCGGCAAAUUCGCCGUCUUCUUCUUUUGGACUCUUCGCGUUUCGGGUGCCGAGGCCGUAGUCGCCGCCGCGACCCCUUUCAUCGGACAGGGUGAAUCUGCCAUGCUGAUACGCCCUUUCGUCCCGCACAUGACCAUGGCCGAGAUUCAUCAGAUUAUGACGUGUGGUUUUGCUACUAUCGCCGGUUCCGUUCUUGUGGUCUAUAUUGGACUCGGUCUGAGCCCUCAGGCGCUUGUUUCGUCCUGCAUCAUGUCAAUUCCGGCAUCUCUAGCUGUCUCCAAGAUGCGCUACCCAGAGACUGAAGAGACUCUGACAUCAGGCCGCGUCGUUAUCCCAGAGAGCGAUGAGCACAAGGCUGCCAAUGCCCUGAACGCCUUUGCGAACGGUGCCUGGCUCGGUUUGAAGAUUGCCGGCAUGAUUAUAGCUACGCUCCUUUGCAUCAUCGCCUUUGUCCACCUGAUCGAUGGGCUACUUACCUGGUGGGGUGGUUAUUGGGGCAUAUCUGACCCUCCCCUGACCCUCGACUUCAUUCUCGGCUACCUCUUUUAUCCUUUAGCUUGGCUCCUUGGUGUUCCCAAUCAAGACCUCUUACCUGUGGGGGAGCUUAUUGGACAAAAGAUCAUAAUCAACGAAUACGCUGCAUUCGAUGCCCUUAAGUCCAAGGAUCGCUACAGGAACAUGAGCCAGCGUGCCAAGCUUAUUGCUACAUAUGCCUGCUGUGGUUUUGGCAACAUCGGUUCCCUCGGCACCCAAAUAGGUGUCUUGUCGCAGCUUGCCCCUGAACGUGCUGGAGACGUAUCUAGGAUUGCCAUUUCGGCGCUUAUCUCUGGUGUCAUUUCAACUCUCACCUCCGCAAGUGUUGCUGGCAUGUUGUAUACCGACACAAUAGGGCAAGCCCUUACCUCGUAAUCAUUAGUUAUCGUAAUCUAGGUACCAAGUUAAAUGUAUAUCACUGCGUUGAUGAUACACGAUCAUUCUUUGGAAAAAAAAAAUUAGCAUCCAGUAAGCCUGUGAAGUAUUCGGCAAUGAUUAUACACCUAAUGACCUUAUUGCGCUCUUCAAGCGGCCCUAACUCCAACG